UUUGGGUCAUAACAAGGUAGUGUUAGAGAGACUUUUGUAUUGGUUUGAAGGUUUGUAUUGGUUAGCUAGCUAGUGGUGUUGUGUUAGUGGUAUGGGGAGGCAACCUUGCUGUGACAAACUUGGGGUGAAGAAAGGUCCAUGGACUUCUGAAGAAGACAAGAAACUCAUCAACUUCAUUCUCACCAAUGGCCAGUGCUGUUGGCGAGCUGUGCCAAAACUUGCUGGGCUUCGGCGUUGUGGCAAGAGUUGCCGUCUUCGUUGGACUAAUUAUCUUCGACCUGACUUGAAGAGAGGGCUCCUCACACAAGCAGAAGAGCAGCUUGUUAUCGACCUCCAUGCCCGUCUUGGCAACAGGUGGUCCAAGAUUGCUGCCAGGUUACCAGGAAGGACAGACAAUGAAAUUAAAAAUCAUUGGAACACCCACAUCAAGAAAAAGCUCCUUAAGAUGGGUAUUGAUCCCGUUACUCAUGAACCUCUUAACAAACAAGUCUCGUCCAUGGACAGUUCAUCCCCUGCAGAGCAUUUGCCACAAGCUGGCAAUGACCAUCAGAUUAAGGAAAAUGAUGGGGUUCUCAACUCAGAAGAGAAUUCGAGCUCAUCACCCGCUGAGAUUUCUUCCAGAGAAGAAUCCCUUUUGCUGGAUAGCAUUUGCAGCGAUGAAUCUCUAAUAAACAGCUUGUGGCUGGAUGAAACUCCACUGUUUGAUGCAUUAUGGGAUAGUACACCUAAAGCAGAUAAUACAAAUAAUGACAUGGGUUUUCCAUCUUGGGAAGAUAACGGUGCUUGGUUGUUGGACUGCCAGGACUUUGGUAUUCAUGAUUUUGGUUUUAAUUGUUUCAGUGAGAUUGAUUCAAAUGCACCACAAACUAUAGGAAAGGAGGAAAAAGGGCAUUAGCAAGAAGUACAUCUGGUGAAAUGAAUUGUCCUUAAAAGAAAGAGAGUAUGCUAUCAAAUCUGUACAUGUGACAAAAUACCAUGGGCUUAAAUUUGGGUUCUUGGUGUAGAACUUUAUCUACCUAGUACGUUACAGAAUAUUUUUGGAAGGUGGACGGAAAACCUUUCCACUUAUGAGGCUCCUCGCCAACCAAAUCACAAGAACUAUAGAAAACCAAAUCCCCUAAAUGCCACAUUACUCGUAUUCUUGGAAAUGCUGUAAUCUUUUUGUGUAUGGUAGGAGGGACAAAACAUAUGGGAAAUGUCAAUUAAUUUGCUAGUAGGUUUUGUGAUUAUAAAACCUAUUGUACAUAGAUGUUUACUUUGAAAAUAAUGGU